AUGGACUCACAAAAUUCUGUAGAAACAUUGACUAUUGCUCUGAUCGAUACACUUUCGGAUAAGAAUGAGAAAGUACGUGACUAUGUUGCUCAAUCAAUAGUUGAUACUGGUAAAAAAUUGCCUCUACCAACAGUAAAACUAUGUACGAAUUAUCUUGAUAAACAUCAAAAAUUACCUGAAUCACAUCGAGCAGCUAUCUUACGUGUUAUUCAACGUAUUCUUAAUUAUCAUCAAGAAAAAGAAGGAGAAACACUAUUUGAUAUUGAUACAUUUCAAUCACUUACUCGUGUUGCUGUCAAUGAAUUAACAAUGCCAAAAGACUUAAUUCCCUUAUGGCAACAAGCUGCUUCAGAUGUCUUAGUUGAAAUUGGCAAAUGUGAACCGGAUCUUGUUUGUACAGCUCUUUUACCACAUAUGCAGGCUGGUCAAUUACCGCAAUUUUUUGUUCUACAAACAGUUGGUAGUCUUGCUGAAGCUAAUCCGCGUGGUAUGGUUCAUCAGUUACGUCCAAUGUUUAGUCGUAUAUUACCAAUGAUGGGCAUGGUUAAACAAGAAAAUUAUCGUUGGGUUUAUACAGCAGUACUUUAUAAAUUUUGUUUGGCUUUAAUUGAUUUUCAAGCUAAUGGUGAAGAAACAGCACGUGCAACAUUUGCUCCACAACAAUUUGAAAAUGAUGCAUUUGCUGCAUAUGAAGUUUUUCUUACAUCAGCUUGGAUUGGAUCAAAAGAACUUAAAGUUCGAAACAUAUGUGUACAAGCUAUUGGUCGUCUUGUUUAUUUAUUUUCUUCAUCAAAAUUUACUGAACAAUAUCCACGUUUAUUACAAAAUGUUCUUGGAUUUUAUCGAAAAACUGUUGAUCAUUUAUAUGUUAGUGAAACAUUAAAUUCUGUUGUAUUAUUGGCUCAUCAAUGGAAUGUACCACAGUUAAAACAGGCAAUGGAUAUUAUUUUAAGAGAAGUUUUAAAUGAAAUUCAAAUUAAUUAUGAAGCAUUUGAAAAUGGUAAUGAACAUGCUGUUAAAAAUCAAAAUGAACUACUACGAACGUUAUCAAUACUAGGUAAACAUGCACCACAAACGAUAUGGCCUUGGUUAUUACAACGUAUGGAUCAAGCUGGUACUAAUGAUAAAGUACGUAUUGUACUUCUUGUUAUUUAUCGUCAUCUAGUUUAUGCAUUUGGUAAUGAUGCACCAUCAACACCAUUUGAUUAUAAAUCAUUACUUGUAUCAAGUUUAAGACCAACAUUAAAUACAGCAACAUUAAAAAUUACAAAAUAUUUAUCACAAUUAAUUGUAGCGAUGGCUUGUCAUGGUUAUUUACAAUUAGAAGGACGAACAUUUUUAAUUGAAUAUAUUGUUCGAAACUGUACAUAUCCUCUAACGGCAAAUGAAGAUAAUAAAACAGAUUCAGCAGCAACAACAACACCUAAUGCUGAUGUUCGAAUAAUGUGUCGAAAUAUUUUAAAUGCUUUUAGUUCGACUAUUGAAGGAAUGGAUGAAGUUUUAUGGCCGUUAUUAAUGGAAUUUCUCGUACCGGAAAUGUAUACCGGUGCAUUUGGAAUUAUAACUAAAGCAUUAGCACAAUCUGGUCAACAACAAAUAACAGCAAAAAAAGAUACAUUUUGGGUUGAUUUUGAACUUUUAGUUAAUUUACCGAAACCAAAUGAAAUUAUUACACGAUGUUUUGUUCUUUUGGGUGAACCAUUAGUUGAAGAAACACGUGGUAUAUCAAUACUUAAUUUUCUUCGUAUAGCUGUAACAGAACUUAAAACUGAAUUAAAAGAACUAUGGGGAAAAGUUAUUCCACGUUUACUUCAAAAUUUAAAUGAUGAUGAUGAACAUAAAAAAUUUGAUUCAGCAAACUGGCAAGAUCUUAUACUUAAAUUACUUUCCAAAACGCUUGAUGUUGUUGAACGUGAAGAUUGGAUUAGUGAUAUAGGCGCUUGUUUUGUUAAACAAUUACCUUUAUAUAUAAAAUUAGAACGUGAGCGUGGUUUUGCUUAUAAAUGUAUUGGUAUUGUAUUACGUAAAUCAAAAAUAAAUGAAUUCGUUAGUCGUACACUUGAAUCUAUGAUGACAGUUAUUAAUUUUCAACAUGAACAUGAACGAAAUGGUUGGGCAACAAUGUUUGGUUUUUGUUCAACAACACAUCUUGAUAUUGUCUUACAACGAGUUGACUUGUAUUUAAAAAUUGGUGAUUCAAAAAGUUCAGCUUCAACAUCAAGUGGAAGUAGUGGACUUUUUGGUUUUCUUAGUUCAAAAACUGAUACACAUUCUGAUUUAUCACGUGCAACAACUCUUUUAGCUUAUGCUUAUGUUUCAAUCUUUGCAACACUUGAUUUAAUUAUUUCUCGUAUGGAAACAAGUAUACUGAUCAAUGCUGUUAAAAUAGCUCGAACAAUUAAAGAAGAAACAGGAAAAUUAAUUGUUGCAAAAUCAUUUGUUAUUCUUGCACAAUCAAUGAAUACAAAUCAUUUGAAGACUGAUUUUGUUUUUGCAUCACGAAAUGAUCUUAUACAAGAAAUGAUUAAUUAUAUAACACAAGAAACAAAUGUUAAAUUACAACCAGCAACAUUUAAUCAAUGUGUUCGAGCAUGUCAUGCACUUAUUAUUCUUCAACCAGAACCAACGCUUCCUGAGAAAUAUCAAUUAGCUCGUGCUACGUUACAUUGGUACUGUUCGACGAAACUUGCAAGUGAACUUUCAUCUAGUCAAAAAGAUGAAAUUUCUACAUCACUUGGUGCACUCAUUAUUGAAUUGCUUAAUUUAGGCGAUUCACCUGGAACAUUUCCUAGCCUUAUUAACCUUCUUGAGCCUUUUUGUCUAUCACUUCAUGUUUAUGAACGUGCCCGGACUUUUGAUAUUCUAAAUCAACUUAUUCAAUCGGAUCCAAUGAAUAAACUGAAAGAACAGAAUCUGAUAGAUGUUGGGGGUAUUAUGGCUCUUUGUCUUAUGUAUUUAACGGAUACCGAAGAAUCGGUUGAAUUAGCAACAAACGCAAGCCUUACUAGACUAUUACAUCUUCAAAUGCAACUUGCAACCGGUGACUUUUUGACUAAUGAUAUUCAUAAGAUUCAUUGUUUAUUUAUUGAAGGUGUCAUGGAAAAUUUAAAAGGUGACCAGAGUGCUGCUGAACAAGAAAAGCCAGUCAAUGAUGAUACCAUACAAAGUUUAUCGGGUAAUAUUGAACCACGUUGUCUUUUAUCGUUUAUCGAAAAAGCUACUGAAAUUGUUGCUGACACACGAGCAGUUGGUUCAGUCGUGGUAUGCAAUGUUCUUUGUAAAAUAUUUGAUUGUCGACAUAGUGAAUUAGCUGAUCAAAUCGAUUACAUAUUCAGUAUUAUGCUUAAUAAAUAUAAUCAAAUUACCAAUGAAGAUGUCUUACGAGCGUUACGAGGUGCCUUCAAACAACUUAGCUUGUCAUGUUCAACUCGUGUAUUUAGUACAUUGAUGAAUUUUGGUGUACCAUUCACCAAAAAUCUUGUGACCAUUAUUCAUGAUCUUGCCGAUAAUCGACCGUUAACUGAAGCUGUUCUAGCGCAAAUAAUGGAAUGUUGGUCACGUUCAUUACCCUAUGAAGAAAAAAGCUCACAACGACAUGCUACUGCUCAACCACUUAUGGCACUAUAUUUGCUCAAUCAAUGGUUUCAAUCAGAUCGUAUGUGUGAUCUAGGUGAAUAUGCUUUUCCACGUUUGUUCGUGGCCCUUUUCAUACGUAUGGCUUCACAUGUUGAUACAUUACCACCACAAAGUGUACCACCAUUGCGUCGUAUUGCACCACCAAAUGGUAGUUCUCGACGUGAUUCAACAGCAAGUAAUGCCAGUAGUGUUUCUCUGUCUAGUGCAACAGCUGCAAAUACAAGUAGCACAAAAAAAUCAUCACGUCUUAGUAUAUUUGAUUCAAAAUCACCUCGUACUUCAUCGAAAACACCAUCUGUUUCUGAACAACAAAUCAAUGCUGGACCUUCGAAUAAUGAAUUAAAAAAAAUUGAACCAUGGCGUUUAUCGAAUGAUUGUAUGAUGCAUUUUCUAAAAGUUUAUAAAUGUCAAUCAGAAAUUAAUAAUGUCAUGCCUUGGGAAAAGAUGAAUAAAUUUGAUACAGCUGAUUCAGCUCUUGAAGUACUUGCUCAAGGUCUAGCACGUUGUAAUCAUAUAAAUCAAAAACAAUUAAAUGUUAUUAUUGAAUUACUCGGACAAGUACUUGAUGGUCCUUAUGAUAUUCAACGUGUAUGUGUAUCAGCAUUUUUUGCCGAACUUAUACGAUGUAAUCCUGAUGAUAGUGAAGAUCAACGUUUUGUUCGUGAACUUAUUCGUUAUCUAUUGGGACGUUUAGUGGAUCAUAAUAUUUAUGUAAGAAAAUUUUGUUUACGUGGUCUUGGUUGGUGGCGACCAGUUCGUGAUAGUCAAGAAGAUAAAGGUUUACCAACCACUAUUCUUGCAUCAUUAAUUUCUGGUUUGGAUGAUCGUGAUGAUAAAAAUGAUCUUCUUACACUUGAAGCCAUGUGUUCAUUAUCAAAUGUAAUUGCUGUUAUGAAUGAAGAUGAAGUACGACCUAUUCUUAUGAACGUUCUCCUCCGUAUUCGGCCUUGUUUUGAAAAAGAUGAAGCAAAAGUACGUUCAGCAGCAUUUACAUUAUUUGGAAAAAUGGCUUCGGUGUGUGAAGGAAAUUCACGUGAAGCAUUUGUUGAACAAAUAUUUUCAUCUUUAAUAACAUUAACACUUCAUUUAAAUGAUCCGGUUGACACAGUACGUGAAAGUUGUAAAACAUGUUUUCAAUCUAUUGCACCAUUACUUGAUCAACCAACAUUAAUAGAAUUAUUUAAAGAAACUCUUCAACCAAAAAUCACUCUUCAAUAUACAGAAUUCAUAAGUGAUUUUGCCAAAAUUUUAGUUCAACAAUAUCCUUAUAAAGUGAAUUUUUUUAUUAUGAACUGUAUAAUCUUUUUUAAAAAUCCUGUACCAGAAUUACGUGCUAAUGCAGCAAUUGUAGCUGGUCAUUUAAUAUUUAACUUAACUGAAGAACAAAUUAAUAAUCUAUCCAAAGAACAUAUUUUAAACGGUAAAUAG